UUUGUCUCCCCCGCCCCCUCUUCCCCACUUCCUGCCCAGCUUUAAACUCGGGAUCUGCCGCGCGGACUUUGUAAACACGCGGCGCCUGCGGGGGUGGAGACUGGUUGUGUUGAGGCGCCUGGCGGAGGGGUGCACGCCCCUCGGCACAACUGGAGGUGGCGACCCCCACCCCCCCCAAAGACGGAAGCCCGAGGCGGCGGGACAGUGAGGCCACAAUCUUUGCUCCGGGGGGCUCACCUGCUAUGGAGGCUCUGUCAGAGGGGUGCUCAUCGCACAUUUCUACAUGGUGGCGAAAAGCUCUGUGACCUCCCUUUGGUGAAGAACGCGGGUUUGUGAGGAGCAGCGCUGUGAGGAGGAAGUCUUCCCCCUGGCCAUGAACUACCUGGAUCGCUACCUGUCCUGCGUCCCCACCCGAAAGGCGCAGUUGCAGCUCCUGGGUGCGGUCUGCAUGCUGCUGGCCUCCAAGCUGCGCGAGACUACGCCCCUGACCAUCGAAAAACUGUGCAUCUACACCGACCACUCUGUCUCUCCCCGCCAGCUGCGGGACUGGGAGGUGCUGGUCCUGGGGAAGCUCAAGUGGGACCUAGCUGCUGUGAUUGCCCAUGAUUUCCUGGCCCUCAUUCUGCACCGGCUCUCUCUGCCCCGUGACCGGCAGGCCUUGGUCAAAAAACAUGCCCAGACCUUUUUGGCCCUUUGUGCUACAGAUUACACCUUUGCCAUGUACCCACCGUCCAUGAUCGCCACGGGCAGCAUUGGGGCUGCAGUGCAAGGCCUGGGCGCGUGCUCCACGACUGGGGACGAGCUCACAGAGCUGCUGGCAGGGAUCACAGGCACAGAGGUGGACUGCCUGCGGGCCUGUCAGGAGCAGAUUGAAGCUGCGCUCAGGGAGAGCCUCAGAGAAGCCGCCCAGACCUCGCCCAGCCCGGCGCCCAAAGCCCCCAGGGGCUCCAGUAGCCAGGGGCCCAGCCAGACCAGCACUCCCACAGACGUCACAGCCAUUCACCUGUAGCCCCGGAGAGGCCCCCUCCAGUGGCCACUGGCAGCAGAGGAGGGGACACCGCCACCCCCCCCUCCCUGCCUGCAGGAACGAACCACAUCACGCCACGCCACAUCGGAAGCCUGAGGGGGCCCCCCUCCUGUUCGCCCCUCGCCAAGACGAAGGGGGCAGGCCCUACCUAUCCCUGCAGUGUGCACUAAGGGGCCUGGCCAGCUGUGUUUGGGUGGCCCGCCAGGCUCCUCCUUUUCCCUGCAUCUGACCGGCUCCGCUCUUUCCCUGAUCCUAGCUGGCGGUGGGCCAGGCUGGUCGGAAAUGAAAUUGAAGUAGGUAAAAUACAUGCACCAGCGUUCCUUUUUGAGGCCCCCUUAUUUCUGGGGCUCUCGUGUUCUCAAAUGCCAAAAUGCCCCCAGUGCCUUGUAAAGGUGUUGCACCUUCCAGAGUUCAUGUAUUUGGAUUGGGGUCUUUCUGAAGAGAUUUCAGAGAUGCUGAUAGACAUGUGUGAGGGGAAACAGUCUGGACAGCUCCUCCUGACACGCUUUGGAGGCCCCAAUAUAAUCCGUGCGCGCAGCUGCUCCUAGAGGGAGGGACCAGGCCUCUGUCCGAGGGGCGGGCAAGAACCAACCAAUCCCUCCUUGCUUUGCUUUCCGCUCAGCUUCUCCUGUGUGAAUGAGGGGGGUUAGUGCUGAAGGAAGAAGUUGUUUUAAUUUAUUAAUUGCUUUGAGGACAACUGAAAGAGGGUGUGGUGGGGCCCAUCGACCCCACACGCGGUGGUAACCCUGGUGGUUGCUGCAUCCCUCCCCUCUGCUACUGGCUGGAGGAUCUUUGUGGCCAAGGAGCUGCUACAGCCUGGGGUAGGGCCAUGCCCUCCUCUCCCUCUGGCCCUCUGCCCCAUUCUCUGGGGGUGGGGGAUGGAGUAGGGAUAAACUGGAGGUGACUGAGCCCCUGUCUGGAGAGGGAGGCGAGCCCUGUUGACACAGGUCUUUCCUACAGCCACAAGGUCCAGGCUGGUGGCCCGGGACCAUCAUGCUACCUUAAUAAAGAUUCUGGAAUAAGCCU